GGGUGCCCCUGCCUCCUUAAUCCCAUCCCCUCCUCUCCACUCCCCGGGGCCUCCUCUGCGCUCAAGCAGAGCAUAAAGAGACGCCGCCGCCGCCGCUGCUGCUGCUGCAGGGACCCUCAGCCCAGGCUGGCCCCAGGGGGAGACGAGGACGACGGCGACAGCAGCAGCAGCAUUAGCAGCAGCCGCGGGAGAGCGGAGAGGUCGCCGGCAUGUCGGAGCAGAGAUGGGUUCGCCUCUCGACCGAGAAACCGACCAGCACCAUUUACGUGCUGGACACAGAGCUCUCCCUCGACGUCUGGGGGUCAGCCCCUACUGGUGCUACAGCCUUCGACGUGUGGGGGACACCUGGUGUUAACCUGUACAUCAUCCACAAUGCAGAGAUUUUGAAAAUACCUUCCUGUGUGCCUCGGUGGCCCCUUGAUGCUAGGAUGGAGGUGAUUGUCACGAUGGAUGCUCCGAGUUCUCAGGUGGAUGAAGACAAGGUCAGAAUUUCAUACUACAAGGAAAACGGGAAGGCGCCCGUGGCCAAAGCUAUUCUCCAGCUCACCUGCGUCGAAAUCUCCCUGCAUGCUGAUACCACCCGUUUGGGAACUGUGACCAGGAGAGCUAAAAAUAAGAAAAAUUGGACGUGGGGCCCAGAUGGCACAGGAGCCAUCCUCUUGGUGAACUGUGACAGAGAUGACCCCGAAGAAGAGGACAUGGACAACCAAGAUAAAAAGCUACAGUCAUUCAUGGACCGAAGGGAUAUGUCACUCAUGAUCUUGACCGCUCACGGACCUGAUGACAUCUUCGAAGACAACCAGCUGGUCCUUCACAUCUCAGCCGUGGACAGUGACAGACUGGGUAUCUUUCAUGCACUGGGGAAAAAAAUGAGUCAACACAAGCACGUCCUGGGGUCUGGGAAGCUCUCCUAUCCAGUCGUAUGCAGUGAACAAAGUGAACACAUUUUCUACGUGGAAGGGCUGGCUUUUCCAGAUGUCGGCUUCUCGGGGCUUGUGUCUGUUCAUGCCACACUAAUCGAAGCCACCACAAAGGAACUUCCUAAGGCUCCAGUUUUCAAUGACACAGUGGUCUUCCGGAUUGCUCCGUGGAUAAUGACUCCCAACACUUUGCAGCCAGUUGCCCUUUACGUCUGCAGUAUUGAAGGCAAUGCUGACUUUCUGGCCAACUUGAGCAAGCUCGCCCUGAAAGCCGGAUGCAAAUUUAUCGUUUGCCCAGAAACAGAAAAUGGGAAUGACCGGUGGAUCCAGGAUGAGAUGGAGUUUGGGUACGUGCAAGCUCCCCACAAGACAUUUCCUGUGGUCUUCGACUCCCCAAGGAAUAGAGGGCUGAAGAAUUUUCCAUUCAAGGCAAUUCUGGGCCAGGAUUUUGGCUACGUGACCCGGGAACCCAGCGAUGGGAAAAAAAUCUCUGGCAUGGACUCCUUUGGGAACCUUGAAGUCAGCCCUCCAGUGAACGUCAAAGGAAAGGAGUAUCCACUGGGACGAAUCCUCAUUGGGAGCCACUUUCCCAGCCCCCAGGGCCACGAGAUGGUCCAAGUGGUUCGGGACUUUCUGAACGCCCAGCAAGUGCAAUCUCCAGUCGAGUUGUAUUCUGACUGGCUGGUAGUUGGGCACGUGGAUGAGUUUCUCACCUUCGUUCCAGCCUCUGACAGAAAGGGUUUCCGGCUACUCCUGGCCAGCCCAAGUGCCUGCUUCAAACUUCUAAGGGAGAAGGAACAGGAAGGCUAUGGAGAUGCCCUGAUGUUUGAGGGACUGAAGAAAAAGAAGCAAGUCUCAAUAAGAAAGAUCCUUGGUGACAAAUGCUUGAGGAGCUGCAAUGAUUAUUUCCAGAAAUGCAUUGACUGGAACAGAGAGGUCCUCAAAGAGGAGCUGGAACUGACUGAGGAAGACAUCAUUGAUAUUCCUCAGCUGUUUUCGUCCAGUUGUGGCAAAGCAAAUGCUUACUUCCCAGACAUGGUGAAUAUGCUCGUCCUGGGGAAAUACCUGGGCAUCCCCAAACCUUUUGGACCUAUUAUUCAUGAGCAGUGCUGCCUGGAAGAGAAGGUCCGUAGCCUGAUGGAGCCACUGGGGCUGUCCUGCACCUUCAUCGAUGACUUUGAAACCUACCACACAAACCUCGGUGAGAUUCACUGUGGCACCAACGUUCGGAGGAAGCCCUUCUCCUUCAAGUGGUGGAACAUGUCCCCUUGAUUUGCAGGGGAGAGCGCUCUUAACUGCUUCCUGGCACUCUCCAUAGGCAAGGAAGAUGCCAAAACCAGCUGCUGUGUAGCUUUGGCCUCUUGUGCUUACAUUGCAAAAAUCCAUCCACUUUCCAAAGAAUCUCACUGGUGUCUGCUCCCAGUAAUACAUGAAGUCCUCUUCCCUCACCAUCUCCUGUGACCUUGACCAGCUUCAAGCUCUACGCUCACUUUCUCUCACACACUCUAUCCCUAAUACUAGUUAUGGGAGGUCCAACGACACAUUUCAUGUCCCAAUAGGUCCCUGGCUGAUAAGUAAAUUUAUGAUGAUUGUUGCCCCCGAGACCAGUGUUAUGGAAAGUUAGUCGACCAGCAUCUCGAGAUUUCAGUCUCUGCAGUAGUGCUGGGGCUUAACAGUGAAUACAUCAGAAAGACCAAAAACUCGAACACCAUCUCUAGGUUGCAGCUCACAGCCUCAAAGAGCCAGAUUUAGGGUUGAAGAUCAGGAUGGGGGAGUAGUCCAAAAAUUUCAGCACCACCUCAUUCUCCUUCCAAGAAAAGGUGACAUGAUGUCAUCAUGUUGACAUGAGUGUGAAAAUAUACAUUUCUUUUUGUGAUUUAUAGGAAAAUGAAAUACUACCCAAUCAGAUACCUCCGUUGCUGAUUUUUUAAAAGAAAUGCUAGCAGAUGAAUAGAUAUAUAUUUGCUUAUGAAGUGUUUUUAAAAGCAGUUUGAAUAAAGUUUCGAAAACUAA